ACUUUUCUCUUGGCAUUCCAUUCAUAAUUUCAACAUUCAAAUCUACCCUCCAAAUGGGGUUCCAAAUUCAGUCAUCACAUCCUCAAAUCCUAUUCAGAAUCCCCAUAACCAAACCACCAUUUUCUCAUAUUCUACCAAAGCUCCAAGCUACAACCAUGGCACACAACAGCCAAGAUCAACAACCAUCCAUUUCCAUGUCAACUUUAGUAAGUCCAGAUGUAUAUAAUGUUAGAUUCAAGACUUUAGAAGCUUGCAAGCUUGGUAUAGCCAGAUAUCCGGAUUUCGAAUAUAAUGCUCAUGGGGGAAAGGGUAGUGGCAUGGGGAAAAAGAUGACAGGGGUAGACUUUAAUGGUGAAACCUCGGUUGACUUUGACGUAAAUACCCUUUAUAUCCCCUCAUUGACCACUGCAACAACCAAGUUCCUGGGCUUGCCACUGCCACCUUUCCUCAAAAUUGAGAUUGUUCCGGAGAUCUUUAGAGGGAUCAUCAACCUAGAAUCUGGCAAGGUUGAUCUUAAGUUCAAGGCCAAAUUCUGGUUUUCAGUGGGGAGUAUAUACAAAGCUCCACCAUUGUUGGUGGAGACACUAUUAACAUCAGAGGAAUCAAAAGGGACUCUAAGGAGUGGAAAUGGAAAGAGACUGGAUGAACAAGGGAAGUGCAGGCUAGUUGGGGUGGCAACUGUUGAGCAGAUUGAUGAUUUCCUAAUGAAUUCUUUCCUCGAUCUUCCAACCGAAUGUCUUGCUAUCUUAAAUGCUACAAUCACCUUCUCCAAGGAUUAAGAAACCAUAAGGAUUAUAUUCGUUUAGGAAUUCAUUAUAGGUUUCGUUUAUUUAACAGUCUUACCAUAUACACUUUUCUUUCUUCAUUUCUGCAUCUAUACAGAUUACAAAUAUAAGCACCUGGACUGAUUGUAUUUAUUGUCAGCAUUCCUAAAAGCUAAAACAACAUAAAGUUCAA